GCCGUGGUUCCCCAACUCAACAGACCACCGCACCGCGCCGCAGCGUCGCCAAAGGGGAGGAAUUACAAAACCCCAAACCCUUUUUCUUUCUGGUUCGCGGCAAUGGCGGCGCCGGAUGCAGACGAGACCCCGGCCUCCCCGGGGUACGCCCUCCGCGCGACCCUCGCCGGCCACCGCCGCGCCGUCUCCGCCGUCAAGUUCUCCCCCGACGGCCGCCUCCUCGCCUCCGCCUCCGCCGACAAGCUCCUCCGCGUCUGGUCCUCGGCGGACCUCUCCCUCGUCGCCGAGCUCGAGGGCCACGAGGAGGGCGUCUCCGAUCUCUCCUUCUCCCCCGACGGCCGCCUCCUCGCCUCCGCCUCCGACGACCGCACCGUCCGCAUCUGGGACCUGGGCGCCGGCGGCGGCGCCCGCCUCGUCAAGACCCUGGCCGGCCACACCAACUACGCCUUCUGCGUCGCCUUCAGCCCCCACGGCAACGUGCUCGCGUCGGGGUCCUUCGACGAGACGGUGCGCGUCUGGGAGGUCAGGUCUGGCCGGAGCCUCCGCGUGCUGCCCGCCCACUCCGAGCCCGUCACCGCCGUCGAUUUCGACCGGGACGGGGCCAUGAUUGUGUCGGGAAGCUACGACGGGCUCUGCCGCAUCUGGGACGCAGCCACCGGGCACUGCGUCAAGACCCUCAUCGAUGACGAGAGCCCGCCCGUGUCCUACUCCAAGUUCUCCCCCAAUGGCAAGUUUGUGCUUGCAUCCACCCUUGAUAGCACCCUGAGGCUCUGGAAUUUUUCGGCUGGGAAGUUUUUGAAGACGUACACUGGCCAUGUGAACACAAAAUACUGCAUUCCGGCAGCAUUUUCUAUCACCAACGGCAAGUACAUUGUGAGUGGCUCGGAAGACAAGUGUGUCUACAUGUGGGAUCUUCAGUCGAGGAAGAUUGUGCAGAAACUGGAAGGGCAUACCGACACGGUCAUUGCUGUGUCAUGCCACCCUAAGGAGAACAUGAUUGCAUCAGGAGCUCUUGACAACGACAAGACGGUGAAAGUUUGGGUUCAAAAGGACGGAGACCAACGAGAUGGGUAAGCCAGCUUAUUUUCUUGGUUGUCAUGUGACCUGACUGAUGAUGGUAGCCAGGUUAUUUACUUGGCUCCCUGAGUAAUUAUAGAUUGCUGCAGUGGAGAAUGCGAUGCUCCUGGGCUGUGUAUUUUCGUCUUGUGUUGCCUUCGCUGCUGUGCGAUUUGUAGUGAAAUUAAACUGUUCCAGAGAGCCGUUAAUGGGAUGGUUGUAUGGAAGGCUGGACAGAGGCAAUGCUUAAACUUUGUUUAACUGGAAAAAACAAUGCUUGAAGUUCA